CCUUGUCUCAAGAACGUCAACUCUUUGCGAAUGUGUUUAGUAUGGUGAAAGGUGAACAAGAGUAGCGGAUCUUAGGUUCUGACCACCCUCAAGUUGCUGAAAAAAUUCAUUCCCGGAAAGAAAAAUAUUUAAAAAACAAUAACAAAGAGACAACGGACAUUUGAAAACCAUUUGUUAUUCUUGAGGAAGAAAUAUAUAACUACAUUCAACGAAACAAACAAUGGGAUAUUUACUAAUAGUAUUUUCUGUAGCACUUUAUGCCUUAGACUCUCAAGCUACUAUUGUGUGUGAGGACGUAGAGAUGGACUGUGCCAGACUGGACAUUGAGCGGAAUAUUUGUACUGACCCAUUGGAGUCAUCAGUAUACUGUGCCAAAUACUGUGGUCACUGUACAAAAACAAUAGUGGUGCCACUCUGUGAAGAUAACGACGGAGGAUGCCGCGAGAUGGCAACCCCUGAUUUCUGCAGUAGGGAACAGGGGCGAAAUAUGUGUCCCAAGUCCUGCAAUGCUUGCAAAGUGAUCCCCUCUGUUCAGACGGUAACAUCAACAACGUCCUCGCCAGUAAAUCUUCCAAUGAGUGCUGCGUUGAAUGUUAACCCCAUCGUUGCUUUUCCUGCGUCCCUUAACUUUGACAUACCAGACCCAAGCUGUCUGGACAUUGACCACAACUGUUUCUUCCACCUUCACGAAUGUUACAGCAACAACGUGGUCCGAAUGUUGUGCCAGCGGUCAUGUGACCUCUGUCCGAGUGCACCAGCUCCAGCAGCCAAUGGUAAACUAUUUCAGUCAUAUUUCUUUAAGAUUAGUAAUAUUUCAUUCAAAAUAUUUGUUAAAGAAUUUAGUAAACGAGAUAUUUCUGCAUUAAAAGUAUUAGCGAAAAGUAUUUUUAGAGUACUAAAGAAAACAUAUCUUAGAGAUUAUCAAUAA